AUGACUACGUAUCUCCAGAGGCCGAGACGAAGAGAAUUAGGCUCCUCCAUAUCUACCCCGAAGACACCCAUAUUCGCCGAAAGUGAGAACCCGGAGCAAUUAUCAGCACCUUUGCAAUCGCUACUCGACGAGAAACAAUGGACUCUUGGCGAAGGACGGAUGAUGAUUGCAAAGACGUAUUAUUUCAAGACAUACACAAAAUGUCUAGAUUUUGUGCUGGUCGUUGGGAUCCGUAGUAAAUCGAAGAAUCAUCAUCCAACCAUCACUCUGAAAUCAGGUUCCGUCAGUAUACACUGGACAACACAUUUCCCGCGCGGUCUCACUCGGAAAGAUGUCGAUAUGGCACAGUACUGCGAUCAACAAGCUGCAUCGAUCGGGACGGUUCAACCGAGUGAAGCGAAUAAAUCUUGUUUGAGGUCGGAUCGUCCCCUCGAAGGAUUGAUCAACAUUUAUUUUAAUUCGCGAUACCGUAAUUCAAUAAUGGAUGAAAGAGAAGUGGACAUCGAAAAAGCCGCAGUUCAGGCUGAUUCGGAACAAGACGGCCAUAAGAUGUUUCCUCCGGCACCAUCAAUAUGUGCUUCGUCAGAACACGACAGGGAACAUCAUCCCAUAUCAAGAUCGCCAAGUCGAGCAGAAGAUACCGCGCCCUCGGUCAUAUCCAAAGCCCUCACACUGGUCCGGACUCGAGAAUCAACCCAAUGCCCCAGUCCACCUCCAGACGGCGGUAUACUCGCCUGGUCACAGAUGGUCCUCGCCCACCUCGUCAUUAUGAAUACAUGGGGCUACGUGAGUGCCUUUGGCGUAUUUCAAAGCUAUUACACAAAACAACUCAAUGAAUCACCAUCAACGAUCUCCUGGAUCGGCAGUACGCAGACCUUCCUCGUAUUUUUCAUCGGCACUUUCUCCGGCCGCGCAACAGAUGCAGGCUACUUCAAAUUCAUCUGGACCUGCGGCAUGCUAAUCGCCAUCGCCAGUUUAUUCUUAACUUCCCUCUGCACAGAAUACUGGCAAAUCUUCCUCUCGCAGGGACUCAUGUUCGGUAUCGGAUGCGGACUAAUGUUCUGUCCCACCGUCGCCUUAUUACCAACCUAUUUCGAUAAACAUCGCGCCCUCGCCAUGUCCACCACAGCAGCCGGCUCGGCAACAGGCGGCCUCAUAAUCCCUGCAAUGGUUAAUUCGCUUCUCCCCAAAAUCGGAUUUGCCUGGACUCUGCGCUGUCUGGGAUUUUUCACGUUGGCGACUUUGUUGCCUAGUUUGGUUUUCUUGAGGCAGCGAUUACCUCCUCGAGCCACGGGACCGAUUGUUGAAUGGAAGGCAUUUCUAGAAGUCCCAUAUACAUGUUUUGCUCUAGGAAUGUUUUUCAUUCUUUUGGGAUUGUAUGUCGGGUUUUUCUAUAUCAGUAGUUACGCGCGUGACGCUUUGGGUGCAUCCAUGUCGACGUCUACGGAUCUGCUAAUGGUCAUGAGCGCAGUCGGAUUCCCAGCUCGAAUCAUCCCAGGCUUGGUAUCGGAUACAUUCACCGGCCCACUCAACUCCUUGAUUCCUUUUGCCUUCUGUAGCGCCAUCACCGCGUACGGCUGGGCCGGCGUAUCAAAUAUGCCCGGUUUAUACGUCUGGGCCGUGAUUUACGGUAUCAUGUCCGCGGCUGUCCAGGGUUUGUUCCCCGUAGCACUAUCUUCGUUGACAGACGACCUGAAAAAGACCGGUGUUAGAAUGGGGAUGGUUUUGACGAUUGUCAGUUUUGGUGCGUUGACGGGGAGUCCGAUUGCGGGUGCAUUGGUGCAGGCUGAUAAUAAUACUGGAGAUAGUAAGGGUGAGAAGUAUUUGUAUAUGCAGAUGUUUAUGGGCAGUGUGAUUUUGUUGGGGGGUGGUUUGGUUAUUGUUGCGAGGGUGAGGAGGUUUGGGGUUGGGGUUGUUAAGGGGUAGCUUUCUCUUUCAUUAUCUAGAAUGAAUUAUAUCUGCUCUC